CUUUACCUCCGGGCCGGCUUGCCCUGUGAUGAGAUAGUCGGACCGCAGUCGUGGAAGUGGCGACGGCAACUGCAAUCACGUCCACGACCGCGACCAUGGCCGAGUGUCAAGCCCAGAAUAAAGCCAAGCUCAUCUCUGACGUCCGACGGAGGUUCGAAGCUGAGUAUGUGACAGAUAAGUCAGAUAAGUAUGAUCUACGUGAUGUUGAAAGACUACAACAAGAUGAUAACUGGGUUGAAAGUUACUUAUGCUGGAGGCAUAAUGUUGUAGAUGAAACACUGAAGAUGCUUGAUGAGAGUUUUCAGUGGAGGAAAGAAAUGUCUGUCAAUGACCUGACUGAAGCCUCCAUUCCCAGGUGGUUACUGGAAAUUGGUGGUAUUUAUCUCCACGGUUAUGACAAAGAAGGCAACAAGUUGUUCUGGAUCAGGGUGAAGUAUCAUAUAAAAGACCAGAAGACCAUAAUGGACAAAAAGAAGCUUAUUGCGUUCUGGUUGGAACGGUAUGCUAAGAGAGAAAAUGGGAAACCUGUAACAGUGAUGUUUGACCUGUCAGAGACUGGAAUAAAUAGCAUAGACAUGGACUUUGUACGCUUCAUCAUCAACUGCUUUAAGGUUUAUUACCCUAAAUACCUCUCAAAAAUGGUGAUCUUUGAUAUGCCUUGGAUAAUGAACGCUGCUUUCAAAAUUGUGAAAUCCUGGCUUGGUCCAGAAGCAGUGAGUUUGUUGAAGUUUACAAGUAAAAAUGACGUCCAAGACUAUGUCAGUGUAGAAUACCUGCCUCUUCACAUGGGCGGAACUGAUCCUUUCAAGUAUAGCUAUCCACCACUUGUAGAUGAUGACUUCCAGACACCGUUGUGUGAAAAUGGGCCUAUUGCCAGUGAGGAUGAAGCUUCAAGUAAAGAAGAUAUAGAAAGUGAUGGCAAAGAAACCUUGGAAACAAUUUCUAAUGAAGAACAAACAGCUCUUCUUAAAAAGGUUAACAUAAUUGAACCUACUUUCAAAGCAGAAGAGAAUGAAAAAGUUGAUUCCAAAAUGAAAGCUUUCAAGAAACCAUUGAGUGUGUUUAAAGGGGCCUUAUUAAACAUCAGCCCAGCGGAAGAACUGUAUUUUGGAAGUACAGAAUCUGAAGAAAAGAAAGCUUUAAUAACGUUGACAAAUGUAACGAAAAACAUAGUGGCAUUUAAGGUGAGAACAACUGCUCCAGAAAAGUACAGAGUCAAGCCCAGCAACAGCAGUUGUGACCCGGGUGCAUCAGUUGAUAUAGUCGUGUCUCCCCACGGGGGUUUAACAGUCUCUGCCCAAGACCGUUUUCUGAUAAUGGCUGCAGAAAUGGAACAGUCAUCUGGCACAGGCCCAGCAGAAUUGACUCAGUUCUGGAAAGAAGUUCCCAGAAACAAAGUAAUGGAGCAUAGGUUAAGAUGCCAUAUUGUUGAGAGCAUUAAGCCAACCACUCUUACAUUAAAACACCAUGCCUUUAACAUGUCAGAUAAAACCAGUGAAGAGCUCUAUCUACAGCUCAAUCGUUUACUAGAAAGCAAUAGGAAGCUUGAAGACCAAGUUCAGCAUUGUAUCUGGUUCCAGCAGUGGCUGCUUUCCUUAACAGUGGUCUCGCUUGCUUUUGUCAUCUCUCUCUUCUAUUUGUUGUACAGUUAAAGAAGUGGUGCUCGGUAGGAAACAUGGCUUUUCCGUUCAUUAGUUGGAAAAAGUACCUCCCAGAACUUCUCCACCAUGCUGAAAGUGUCACACAUCUGUGCUUCCUUCCUCCAAGGAAAUGUACAGCAUUUGGGGGGGGGGGGGACUGAAACAUGUCUUGAAAAUAAACUGUUAACAAUAAGGAAACGCUGAAGAUAUUGAUUAUAAGAAACUAUAGGUAGGUAGUCAAGUAAGUAAAGGUAUAUCUGUUGUGUGACUUAAUAGAGAUAAUUUAUUUUUCCCUUUUGAUUUAAUACUUUUAAAGCUUGUUUUAUCAUGUAUAUAUGUUAGCUGAACGGAAAAGUAACAUGCUUUGUUGCAGCCAAAAACUGUCAUCUGCUUUUUUUUGACAGAAUUAUUAUAGCUGAGCCAACUUAUUAGCUUUUCUAUACUAUGUAUAUAGAAGAACAUGUAUAUUGAAAAAACAUACAGAGUAAUUUCUGUAACCAUGACUUUGUAAUUUUGAGAACUACUAACAGAUGCUAGUCGAUGUUCUUUUGGAAUGUACAACUACUUAAUGCCAAACCACCUUUAGCCUUUGUUUCUUAUCCGUCUUCCUUAACGGCCUGCCUGCCUUUUAUUAAUCUCAGACUUUUUAAUGAACACUCACACUCUCAUUUAGCUAGGAUUUGGGGAACUAAGUCUGGUUGGAUUUUCUCUAAAUUCUGUCCGUCAGUAACGUCCAGAAGAAGAACCUCUCCAGUCUUUUUUUACGCACUUUCACGUUGCUCUCUCUGGCUGGACAGGGACCCUUUUGCUUCACUUAUUAUAAAGGCCUGAUCCUCCAUUGGACCAUCUUCACCCUCCUUUCUAAACGAAAGGAGUUAGAUAAAAUUUUUUUGAAAAGUUAGUUUUUGAGAUGCAGAGCAGUAUAAUUCAUUUACAUUUCAAUUCCUUGCUAAAAUCAGCCACGAGAAGGGAACUUUCGGUAAGGGUGAAAAAAUAAAUCGAAAGUGUCACUUCUCGGUUUAAGAGUGAAAAAUACUGUAAAAACUUCAGACCAGGGUUAAUUGACUCACUUGAUAUAUUCUGCCUUUGUCACAGCAAUACUGAGGUCGGUUCCUCAAUUCGUAACAUGAUACACCUCGCAGGAGCAGAGCCUAAUGCAAGUAGUUUGUUUUCUCAUUUAAUAUAAACAGUUUUGGUCCAUGUUGGUUCACAUAUAAAUCUACUUUAUAUGAAAGAAAAAAAUAGUCUGCCUGUAAAAUAAAUUUUGAGUUUUGAUUGA